AUGUUCACGGCAUCUUCUCGCGAGUGGGCUCACAUCGCUAACAUUCUCGCAAAUGACGGAGUGAAGUGGAGUUUUAAUCCACCCUCCGCCCCCCAUUUUGGAGGAAAAUGGGAAGCUGGGGUGAAAUCCGUCAAAUUUCACUUGCGGCGAGUUCUCGGCGACGCUCGCCUCACCUAUGAAGAACUGACAACGCUCUUAGUGCAAAUCGAGGCGAUUCUGAACUUUCGCCCGCUCACUGCACUCUCAGAUGAUCCGUCGGACCCUACCGCUCUCACGCCUGGGCACUUUCUCGUCGGGUCCACUCUCGCUACCGUGCCGGAACCUUCGCUUCAAGAGGUACCUCAAAACCGGUUGUCACGUUGGCAACUAUUGCAAUGCAUGAAGGAAUCAUUCUGGCAACGAUGGUCGUCAGAAUAUUUACAGCAGCUACAGACUACCUCGAAACAAUAUCGACCUCAAGAUGCCUUUCGAAAAGGCGCUCUCGUUCUAAUCAAGGACGAACGAUUUCCUCCAACUAAGUGGCCUCUCGCACGCAUUACUGACGUGCACCCUGGAGUCGACGGACUUAUUCGAGUCGCCACAGUGAAAACAGCUACCUCAAGUUUUAAGAGACCUAUAGUGAAAUUGUGUUUGCUGCCGAUCGAAAAUCAAUAG